AUGGCGGUUGCCGGAGGUGCCCCCUCCGCUGACGCGGCGGGGCCGACAGAUUUGGUUGAGCUGCUGGCCGCGCUGAUGCCGCUGGCAGCGGCACUGCCGCCAACAGGGGCGGGCGCGUCGGCCGUGGACGGCAUCGACGAGGCGCUGCACGACGCCUGCGCUGUCGGCGCGCUCCUCCUCUCCGAGGCGCUUCGCCCCGCCGAGGUGCCGCCUGGCGAACUCCUGCUCGGGGUGCUGGAGCUGCUCGGGACCGCGCCCGGAGCGCGCGGCGGUGCCUGCCAUCUGGAGCUCCUCGCGACCCUGACGGAGUGCGUGGCGGCCAGGGCGCAGGCGCUCGGGCCAGCAGGCGUGGCAUCGUGCCUGCACGCCGUGGCGAGGUCCCGGGCUCUGGCGUCCCUGGGCUCGUCGCGCGCCGCGGCCGGCAGCACGGCCGCGGAGGCGGCGGCGGCGGCGUGCAGGCGUGCUCGCGCCUUCUGCGGCAUGCCGGAGGAGCCGGCGACUGCCCCGGGCCCCGGAGCCGGCCCCGGGGCGCCGUCGCGGUUGCCCCCAGCGGCCUCGGAGCUGCUGCGCGCGCUGCUGCUGUGGGACCGGCGGCUGUCUGCGGCGGAGGCGGCGCGCGGCGCCCACUUCUGCGCGCUGGCGCUGGACUGUCCCGCGUUCGGCGAGGAGGAGCGGGGACAGGCGCGUGCCGGGCUAUCCCAACUGCUCCGACGGCUGUCCUGGGAGCGGAGGCGCUGGUCGCCAGAGGACCGCGGCCUGAUCGCCAGCGUGGGGGCGCUGCUGCGCUCGGAGUUCCCGGAGCUCCUGCGGCCGCCCUUUGCGGGGCGCUCGGUCCUGGCGAUGCUGGAGGAGUUGCGGGGCGAGCGCACCGUGACCGCGGCAGCCAAUGCGCCCAUCGGCCGUUCGACAUGA